UUAGUCUCGCUGGCCAGACUCUAAUUUACCGAAUAAGAGUCUGGUGCCAUGCCUAAUAUCUAUGGAAGCCCAGAAGGACACUCCGGGGUCGGGGACAAAUAUCAGGGCCGAGAUUCCGCCGGUAUCGGGGCCGAGAUUCAACCGGCAUCGGGUCGGAUCCGGCCGGGAGGCGGCAUAUUGCUUAGGUCUGACCACGCCCAUUAUGUUAAUGCUACAAAAAAUGGCUGAAAGAAAUGAUGAUUUGUAUUCUACUCUCAUGGAUAUAUCUGAUACUAUAAGAGAGAAGGCUUUAGACCUGACAUUGAAUGUUAAUGAUGAGAGUGAAGAAUCAAGAGACCUUUUGGAUCGAGGUAAAGCAUUACAGAAGGCUAUGAGGAAAAAAGGCAAGCCAACUAUAAAAGAAGCAUCUCGUAAAGAUGACAUAGAG